AUGAGCAUUUUCACUGGUAACUGCAAGUGUUCCUACACGGUAGGGCUGGUUGGUCUGAGCGUAUGUGGCUUUCUGCUAUCGCUGUAUACAUCCUACGUUGAGCUGCGUGCCGAACAUGACCAUUCCUACCGUGCGAUGUGCGACAUUAGCGAGCGCAUCAGCUGCACUAAGGUGUUCACCUCAAGGUAUGGGCGUGGAUUUGGCAUUGUUGGACCAGUCCUUGGCGAUGACUCACUCCUGAACGUACCGAACGGGUUCUACGGCAUCUUUUAUUACUUUAUCGUGGCGGCGUUCAGCUUCAGCGACCAUUUACUCAUCUCCCGACUCAACAGCUACCUGAUACUGCUAUCCAACUGUCUGUCACUGUACUUGGCGUAUCUGCUCUACUACAUCUUAGAGGAUAUGUGUAUCGUGUGCGUUACUACGUACGCGGUCAACCUCAUCAGCCUGAUACUGGCGCUUCAGAAAAUCCAAGUACUGAUUCGGGACGAACAGAUAAUGCGCGCCUUCAAAGUUAGCAAGUCAAAGUAG